AUGGUGCAGGAGAAAUGUAUUAUGCUCGGUAUGAAUGAAUGCAUGAAGGAAUGAUGCAUUUACAGCGGAAUAAUUGUGUAUUGUACACCCAAAGCACUUUACAAUCAUGUGUGGGGGGGGGGGGUCUCUCCUCAAACCAGCAUCAGUGUGCAGCAUUACCCUCGAGGAUGUGACGGCAGCACCAGUGCCCUCCCCACACACCAGAUACAGAUGGAGAGGAGAGAGAGAUAGUGGAUGAAGAGAGAUGCUAUUUUUCAAGUUUUUUGCAGUUAAGGAGCAUUUUGUAAUAUAUUUUGUAAUGUAUUUUUCAAAUUAAAAUACAAUUCUCAGUCUGUCUCUCUCUCUCUCACACACACACACACACACACACACACACACUUCUCCUGUGUGUUCUCUACAUCCCUCCCUCGAAUGAACCACGUCUCUCAAUGCUACGCUCUGUGCACCACAUUAAUUAUAUCUGACCUCUCACCUCUCAUGACAUCUGUUGGCUCACAGGUGACUCUCUGUGACCAUCACAGCAGCUCAGACUGAUUCUCUAUUGGAGGCUCUUCAGCGUGACUGAGUCUAUGCAGAAGGUCCAGGACAUGCAGCACAUCUGGUCUUCAGUCAGCCUCCUGAUUGCACUCCAUUCACUCCCAUUUGAGGCCAGAAUCAAAUACAAUGGUACAAUGGUAUGAAAACCUUGUCUCUACAGAAGAAAGAAAGGGUUUGAGUGACAUGAGAAUGAGAAAAUGAUGAAACAAUGACUUUUAGGUGAGCUGACACUGUGCAUCAUGGGUCUGUCUGCGCUUCUCUGCUGAACAACACACUCUGCUUUAAAUGCAUUAACAUACAGCUGUGGUGUGUGUGUGUGUGUGUGUGUUUGUGUGUGUGUGUUAGAAGCUAUUCAAGAUCAUUGUGUCACUGAGCUGGAACAGAUUGACAGAUUAGAGCGCAGGUUAAUCCUGUGUGUGUGUGUGUGUGUGUGUGUGUGUGUGUGUGUAUCAGUCGCAAACACACCAGUGCUGCUGGAUGUCAUGUUUCAUUGUUUCUGAAAAUACGUGUGUGAGACACAUAAAAUAUCAAGGGGAAGAAAUCCAGCCUUUGCUUUAAUAAGCAUGUCUCUUCUGUCUCUCCUGCGUUCUCCGAGCCUGUCCUUCCUGCAGACGCUGCUGUCUCUGCUGCUGUCUCUGGUGUCUCUGUCGUCCUCGUACUGGUGUGUGGGCCGACAGAAGGUCCCGAAGCCGCUGUGCUCCCCGUCCCGCCGGCUCAGGUGUACUCCGGUGCACGGCGUCUCUGACGUAUCCUUCUCCUGGGAGACCGGCGACGACCGCUUCAUCUUCCCCUCCUUCCACGCCGGGCUCUGGACCACCUGUGAGGAGAACAUCUUCACCGAUGCCUCGGAGGAGAAGUGCCGCAGCUUCAUGGCUCUCACACCUGCAUCAGAGAAAGGCAAUGACACACUCACACACACAGAAACACCAUGCUCAGAAUCUCUGUUGAAGUGCUUGUCUGUAUGAAUCUCAACACGUGUGUGUGUGUGUGUGUGUGCAGGGAUC